AUGGAGAACGGUUUCAUCAACAGUCUGAGAGACAAAGGCGACAACCUUAAGAAUUCUUCAUGGAACUGUAAUAAGAAUCUAAGUGGGUUUCCAUGGCCGCCAAGAUCUUACACUUGUAGUUUCUGCAAGAGGGAAUUAAGGUCGGCUCAGGCUUUGGGUGGGCACAUGAAUGUUCAUAGGGGAGAGAGAGCUAGGUUAUUAAGAAACUCACCUCCUCCUUUUCUCAGCUCUAACCCUAACCCUAAUUUCUCGUAUUCUUCUUCAUCUUCACAGUCUUACGGUUUCCCUAGUGAAAUGAAGAAAUGGCGUGGCGACGGUGGCUUCGCCGGUCCUCGAAGUUCGAGGGGCUCGGGUUCGACUUAUAUGAAGGGUGCAGGAUCGUGUUUCAGAGUCGAAGAAUUCAACGGUGAUGGUUGCAGCGAUAAGUUGAUGAAGAAUUCGAAGUUGAAGAUGAUGAAUGCGAUCGUUAUUAGUGAUUUCGAUGAAGAUUUGGACUUGGAACUUCGAUUGGGAUGCUCUUAA